AUGUCUCUCAAGAAGCUCACAUUCGUCACUGGAAAUAUUGGAAAACUCAGGGAGGUCAACGCAAUUCUAACCGGUUUUGAGGUAACUAUAGGCUCUAGGUGUACUGUAGUCUACAGUACACCUACAGUACCUUCUUCUAACUACAGUACCUUCAUUUUUUAGAUCACAAAUGUGGAUGUGGAUUUGAACGAGUAUCAAGGCGAGCCGGAAUUUAUUGCGGAGAAGAAGUGUCGAGAAGCUGCACAGCAUGUGAAGGGACCGGUUUUGGUGAGGAAUUUUGGGUGGGGAAUUUUGAAAAAUCGAUAAAAUUUGGCUAGAAAAGUGCCUUGUUAAAAUAUUGAUUAAAAAUUUUAUAUUCAAAAGAGGCGAUUUAUCAGAAAAUGUAGUGCUAAAUGCUGGAAAUCCUAAUUUUGAAACAGUUAAUUUUUAUGGGAAAAUUGAAAAUUAGUUGGGACAUUUUUCAACAGGUUUCUUUUUCGUAAUUAAUAUUUUCACUGUUUCAAAAAAUGAUUAAAAUUUCGAAGAGGUUUUUAAUUUUCACUGUUGUGAGGGUAUCAAAAUGAUUAUGUGAAGUUUCUGGGUAAAAAUUUUGUUCGGAUUGAAUUUCACUAAUUUUUUUUUGUAAUUUAGAGUCUAAAAAAGUAGUGUUAGCAAUUAACAUUUAUUGAAAAAUUUUUAUUAAUUUUUAGUGAAACAGUGAAAAAAUGGAUGAACAUUUUUUUUGAAACAAUAAUUUUUACCUGAAAAUUUCAACGCAAUUUUCAUCUGGUUUUUUUUCACUGUUUCAAAAAUAAUUCAAAUUUUGGAAAGGUUUUUCUUUUUGAUAAUUCAACCGAACUUUGAACCUGAAAAUUAUCUUGCUCAAAAAAACUUCAAAAAUAAAUCAGGAUAAUAAUUUUUUCACUGUUUCACACAAAAUUCUUUGAAUUUAGGAUAGGUUUGAAAAUUUAGUGUCACUACUUUCCCAUUUUCAAAAUUUAGGAUAUCUUUCUGAGGUUUAGAGCUAAGAAAUUAUGUUGUGUGCGCAAUUGAAAUCCAUUGAAAAAUAGAUGAAAAUUUUUUUUGAAACAAUAAUUUUUACCUGAAAAUUUUAAAGCAAUUUCCAACUGGUUUUUUUCACUGUUUCAAAAAAUAAUUAAACAUUUGGAGAGAUUUUUGGGUUUGAUAAUUUAAUCAAAUUUUGACUCUGAAAAUCAUCUUGCUCAAAUAAACUUCAAAAAUAAAUCAGGAUAAUAAUUUUUCACUGUUUCACUCAAAAUUCUUUGAAUUUAGGAUUGGUUUGAAAAUUUAGUGUCGCAACCUUCUCAUCUACAAAAUUUAGGAGGAUAUUUUUCUGAAAUUUUCAGCUUUUGAAGUUUUUAUGUUGUGUGAGGAAGUCAUUGGAAAUUUUUAUCAAUUUUCUGUGAAACAAUGACGUUUUUUUUGAAACAAUAAUUUUGCCAGAAAAUUUCAAAUCAAUUUUUCACUGUUUCAAAAAUAGUUGAAAAUUUGGAGAGGCUUUUCGAUUUUAUUCUUGCAUGAUCCUUCACUCUGAAAAUCAUCUUGCUCAAAUAAACUUCGAAAAUAAAUAAGGAUAAUAAUUUUUCACUGUUUUACUCAAAAUUCUUUGAAUUUAAGAAAAUUUUUAUUUGGUUUGUUUUUCGAAAGCUAUUUUUUGAAAAUUUUGGUUCAAAAUUGUUUUUUUUUCUGACAUUUUCAGCAUCGUGUCAGCAAUUGAAAGCCAUUGAAAAUUUCAAUAAAUUUUCAGUGAAACAGUGAAAAAAAAUAGAUGAAAAUUAUUUUUGAAACAAUAAUUUUUACAAGAAAAUUUCAAAGCAAUGUUUCACUGUUUCAAAAAAUAAUUAAACUUUUGGAAGUGUUUUUCUUUUUCAUUUUUGCUUUGACCCUUCACUCUGAAAAUCAUCUUGCACAAAUAAACUUCAAAAAUAAAUUAGGUUAAUAAUUUUUCUUUUUAUGGGGCUAUUCAAGUAUUUUCUCAACACGCUGAGAAAACAGGAGAAAUGCGGAGAAAAUGUAUUUUCUUCACUUUUUUCGUAUUUUCUCAGCCUACCUGAAUAGGUUUUCUUCGCUUUUCUCAGCGUUGAGAAAAUAACUUGAAUAGUCCCAUUAAAAAUUUUCACCAUUGUGUUAGCAAUUGAAAUCGAUUAAAAUUUUUAUCAAUUUUUAUUGAAACAGUGAAAAAAUGAAGUUUUUCGAAGCAAAUUUUGAAAGAGUUAUUUUCACCAGAAAAUUUUAAACAACAAUGUAAUCAUUUCUCAACUGGUUUUUUUCACUGUUUCAAAAAUAGUUGAAAAUUUGGACAGGUUUUUUUUUUGAUCUGUCCUUCGAAUCUUUACGCUGAAAAUCAUCUUGCACAAAUAAACUUCAAAAAUAAAUCAGGAUAAUAAUUUUUUCACUGUUUCACACAAAAUUCUUUGAAUUUAGGAUAGGUUUGAAAAUUUAGGACAUUUUUCUGAAAUUUAGAGAUUUUAAUAAUAAGUGUGGAGAUCAGAUACCAAAUUUUUAUCAAUUUUCAUUGAAACAGUGAAAAAAAAAUAUUUUUUCCUUGAAAAAGUACCAAAUUCCCUCUUCCCAACCCGAAUCCCUCAUUUUUUCCAGGUCGAAGACACGAGUUUAUGCUUCAACGCUUUGGGUGGUCUUCCCGGACCAUAUAUCAAAUGGUUUUUGAAGAAAUUGGGACCCGAAGGAUUGCACAAAAUGUUGGAUGGAUUUGAGGACAAAACAGCGUAUGCUCAAUGCAUUUUUGCGUAUACUGAAGGAAUUGAUCAACCUGUGCAUGUUUUUGCUGGUGGGAUUUUUUUUAAAAUUAAAUUCAGGAUAAAUUUUUGGAAUUUUUUGACACUAAACAUGUCUGAAAAUUUCAGCACAUUUCAAAAUUUCAUUAAUUUUCAGUUUUCAAGAAGUUUAGCAAGAGUAAUCAAUCAAAAUUUUCACAAAAAUAAUAUAAAGUUAUAUUGAAACAGUGAAAAAAUAUAAUUUUUUGAAUAAUUUUUCACUGUUUCAAUCAAAAAUUAUUGAAUUUUCAAAGAAUUUUCAACUGAUUCAAUAAUAUUUCACUGAAAAUUAAAGAACAUUUCAUUUGUACACCAAAAUUAUAUAAUCAAAACAAGUUUUCUUUAAUUUUCAGUGAAACAGUGAAAAAAUAUUUUAAGUUUUUAGUUUAUUUUGGAUUUUGGAACAAUUAUGAUCUGAGGAUCAGUUGAAAUUUCCAAUGAAAUUCUAUGAUUUCUAUUUGAAACAGUGAGAAAUUUGCUGAUUUUUGAAUUUAUGAUAAAUACAAGACACAAGACGAUGAAAUUAUUAUGAGAAUAGAGCUUUUUUCUGUGAUAAAUUAUUUAAAAUUAUUUAUCACAGAAAAAAGCUCUAUUCUCAUAAUAAUUUCAUCGUCUUAUGUCUUGUAUUUAUCAAAAAUUUGUUUUCUCAAAAUAAUUAUACCUAAUUUUUGAAACAGUGAAUUUUCUAGAAAAAAAUUGAAAAUUGUUUGAAGUCAAAAACGAAGAUUAAAAUGAAUCUGAAAUUAUCAUAAAUUUGGAGUGAAACAGUUAAUUUUUAAAAAACAUAAAGAAAUUAUCGAUGAAUUUUGUUUCAAAAAUAUUUUAUUAAUUUUUUGAAACAGUGAAUUUUCUAAAAAAAAAAAAAUUUUGAAAUUCUCAUAAAUUUUGAUUGAAACAGUGAAUUUAUUCUUAACAUCAACAAUGCGAAUAAUCAACACGUUCCCCUUGCAAUUCAUCACAAUUUUCAGCUAGGAAAACUCUAGAAAUUUCCAAAAAUGGGGAAAACUCAAGCUUUGCUCAUAUUAAUCUCCUUCCAUUUUUUGCAGGUCAAUGUCCAGGUCGAAUUGUGUCACCAAAAGGCCCGCGUGAUUUCGGCUGGGAUCCAUGUUUCCAACCCGACGAAUUCGAUCAAACAUUUGCCGAAAUGGAUAAAUCUGUCAAAAAUCAGAUUUCUCACAGAUCCAAAGCACUUGAGAAGUUGAAACAGUUUUUUGAAUAA